AGCAAUAAAUCCAACCAUGGCGGCUUCUGCUUAUCUAUUGAUCCUACUCUUCUUCUUGUCUUUACAUGCUCUUCAUCUAGCAAAGUCUCAACCGUUUAUCGGAGUAAACUACGGCCAGACCGCCGAUAAUCUUCCGCCACCGUCAGCAACUGCAAAGCUUCUUCAAUCCACAACUAUCCAAAAAAUCCGACUUUACGGAACCGACCCGGCUAUAAUCAAGGCCCUAGCAAACACAGGGAUCGAGAUCGUCAUAGGAACAGGUGACGUAAACGGUUUAGCAUCAGACCCGAAUUUCGCCCGGAGCUGGGUCGAAACCAACGUGGUCCCUUAUUACCCGGCGAGCAAGAUCACUCUCAUCACCGUGGGCAACGAGGUCACAAUGUACGGUGACCGCAAUCUCAUGUUACAGCUCCUACCGGCUAUGAAAAAUGUCCAAAGUGCCCUCGAGGUGGCAUCUCUCGGUGGCGGCAAAAUCAAGGUCUCGACGGUACACACAAUGUCGGUUCUGGGCCAGUCCGACCCUCCUUCAGCCGGGGUAUUCGAACCGGGCCAUGCUGAUAUAUUGAAGGGGUUGCUAGAGUUUAAUAGGGAGAACGGGUCGCCUUUCGCGGUUAACCCAUACCCAUUUUUCGCUUACCAGACCGACCCGAGACCGGAUACGUUGGCGUUUUGCUUGUUUCAGCCUAAUCCUGGGCGUGUCGAUCCCAACAGCAAGAUCAAGUAUAUGAAUAUGUUCGAUGCUCAGGUUGAUGCGGUGUAUUCAGCUUUGAACUCUAUGGGGUUCAAGGACGUAGAGAUAAUGGUGGCCGAGACUGGGUGGCCGUAUAAGGGAGACCCGGACGAGGCUGGCACAAACAUUGAGAACGCUAGAGCUUACAAUAAAAACCUAAUCGCUCAUUUGAAAUCCAUGGCAGGGACGCCGUUGAUGCCCGGGAAAGUUAUCGACACCUACUUGUUCGCAUUGUACGACGAAAAUCUCAAGCCCGGGAAAGGUUCUGAACGAGCCUUUGGCCUGUUCAAACCUGAUCUAACCAUGACUUAUGAUAUUGGGCUCACCAAGACUGCCAAUAACCAAAGUUCCAUGGCUCCACAGUCGCCAAGGCAACGUCUCCCACCCGCCGCUUCUCCGACGAGUCAAAACUUACCUUCUCCGCCGCAAAUGAUCCUUCCUUCACCUACUUCUCCAUCCGACAAAAAUUCUGGACAAACCGAUGUUCACAAUUCUACUCCACGCUCUGCUUCUCUAGCUCACUUAUGUUGUUCUCUUUCUAUUUCGACAACGAUGUUGUUUGUCUCUAUUUUGUAUGCAUUUAUCAUA